AUGUCGGGGCAACCCUUAGACUCUUCUAUGGACUCCAUGGAGGAGACCAGAUUCCGAAAGAGGUACCAAAAACUGGCCAUCAGGUUAGCGGAAAAGUUCCAUUUCUCCUUCAACGAAGUUGAAAAGCUUUUGUUGAUCUAUUACAAAAUGCAGAAAUCCAGCAAGGAUCCUAGUCAGGGAGUGGACAAGAGUCAGUUCCGGGACAUCUUACAUUGCGCCUUGGAUAUGACUGACGACUUUUUGAUGGACAGGAUAUUUUACACUUUGGACAAGGGCCCCAGUUCAUUUAUGUCCAUGGAAUCUUGGACUUCCAGCUUAUCCUUAUUUCUAAGAGGGACGUUCGAGGAAAAAAUCGAUUUUUGUUUUUCGGUGUACGACACAUUGGGUGAGAGGAUUUUGGGUAGGGAAAGCGUGUUCCAUCUGAUGAAACAGUCGGUCAUUAGCCUGGGCGGAGAGGAAGAUGCGGAAGAGAUAGCCAAAGACAUGAUGGAGGUGUUGACAAAGAAAAUGGAUUUAGAUAGAGAUGGGAAGAUUUCGUACAACGAUUUCAAACAGUCGGUGUUGAAGCAGCCGAUGCUGCUGGAGGCGUUAGGACAGUGUUUACCCUCUAGAAAGGAUAUAAACACGUUCACGACAACCUUUGGGUAUAAAAUUAUUAAAAUGUAA